AGAAGCUUCUUGAACUCAAACUAAAGAAAUCUUCAUGGACCGCUUUUGGACAUUUCUCACUUAUAUCCAUUCUUUCUCCGGGCCUGCAAUCAUGUUGCUCUAUCCCUUGUAUGCAUCAGUUCAAGCGAUUGAGACUGAAGACAAGCUUGAUGAUGAACAGUGGUUAGCAUAUUGGAUUUUGUACUCUUUCCUGACGCUCAUGGAUAUGGUUUUGGAGCCAAUCUUGAGAUGGGUACCAAUUUGGUAUGAGAUGAAGGUAUUGUUAGUGGCUUGGUUGGUAUUACCACAAUUUAGGGGAGCAGCUUUCAUAUAUGACAAGUUUGUGAGGAAACAAUUAAGAAAAUAUGGGGUUUUAAGCGAAUCUUCUUCUAGUUCAUCAUCAUCAUCACCACCAUCCAAGAGCAAGAGCAAGAGCAAGAACAAAUAUUUAGGCCUUGUUACUUCAAAAAAGGCUUGGACUUCUAGACAAGGUGGAGUUGGUGAUGAGGAUGAUGAUGAUCAGGAGGACUGAUUUUUUUUUUACCUUUGAAAACAAUGA